CUGCUUUGCCGCGUCAAAUCUCUCAAGCCUCAACUGCUGCUUUCGAACAUGAAGGGGCGAUAAGCAGAGCAUUACACAAUUCUACAGCUCACAAGACUGUAGCAUGUGAUAUCUUUUAGAAGAGCGUGGCACACAUACUUGCCUUUUCUCUGCUUUCGGGGGCUCUGUAACCUGCAGAUGAGAGCGAAAGUAGAUAAAAUCAAAGUUUUAUAAACGUUUUCACUCCGUCCUGAUUCAUUGAAUCAGCUCUCACAGCGGUGGAUAAAAAAAUGGUGCACGUAUACAACUGCCACCCUUACGCCUCACAGCAGAUAGUACAGGUGGAGCAGGAGCCUGUGUUGUUCUGCUGUGGAGGCAGGGCCUUGUUUGUGGUCACCACUGGAGGAUGCAAGGUGGAAGCCUACAAUCUGGAGCAGGAAGGCUGUCCUCUUAUCUGUCGCUUCGCUACCAUGGGAACUGUACGGAGCAUCCUCCACAGUGAUAUCGGAGACUACCUGGUCACUGUUGAGGAAAAGAAUAGUGCCACCUACCUGAGAGCCUAUACCAACUGGCGUUACCAGGCCGAGGAAAAGGCUCGUGUUGGUGUACGCUUGUUAGGCCACCUUCUUCGAGGGUCAUCUCAACGUGGCGGAGCACAGAUGGAGAUAAUUGAGAUCCCUUUAUCGGACCAUCCUGUUGCGGUUGCGUGUUGUUCAGUUACAGGUGACCUCCUAGUCGGGUGUGACAAGACUCUGGUUCUGUUUACUUUGAGAAGACAGAAUGUGCAGAACUUACAACACCCUUCAAACACCCAGCAGAGCUCUAGUCAAUGUCCAGAUAAGACCUCAAACCAAAACUGUUCCUUUCUGGACUUUGAACGCUCUGUCAUCCUCCAUCUUCCGGGAACUAACCCUAAGCAGGUGGCACUCUGUGCAGGAUAUGUAGCUGUGCAAACUGACCUGGAGGUGCUGGUCCUGAAACUAGAUACUAAGUAUGAGCUAAACAACCUGGAGCUGGAGGAGUCAUCUGAGGCACCAAAAAAAGAUCAAUCUGAAGACCAGGCUGACUUCCUGCUCCUUCCAAGACACCAGGAGUUGCUCGGUGAACGAGCUAAAGAUUGCGAUAUCCCUAUUAUCAUCGAAAAAACAGGGCUAGAGGAUAGAGGACAAAACACUGUCUCCUAUGUCCUAUUCAGACGUUUUUCUCCAGAUUACUUUCAGGGCUGCAGUGUGGAAGAGACACGCCUUCACUCCCUGAAACUCCAACCAUUAUUUACAAGCUCCCAGUCUCCGGUUGAAGAACCAACUUGUGUCUUUUGCUUCUUCUCCCUUCCCACCACUGGCUAUCUAUACAGCCUGAAAGGGGGAGUUGAGCUUCUCUCAACUUAUCAGUAUCCAGAGAAGGUCUUAGAAGCGGUGCUGACAGACUACUUGCUACAUGUCAUUACCAAGAGUGCACUGCAGUGCUUCACAGUACGUUGUGCAGCAGUUGCAGCCAGAUUUGAGGACCCCUACAUUGAUACUACUAUGAGGGCUUGUCCACCCUGCAGCCUUGAGGUGUGUGCCCUCAGGAUGCAGCUGUUUAUUGGCCUUCGCUCAAUGUGUGUGUACGACCGUCACAUCGUCCUGUUCUCUACUGCUGACACUGAGACACCAGAGGAGACUGAACGCAGCCUACACCGCAGAGGCCUCAUGUUGAAAGAACACACCAUGCUGACUGGUAUUUUCCUGGCAGUGGGAAUCGAUCCCACCACCACGCCAGCUCUGGAGAGCCUGCUAUCACGCCCCUUCCUGAGCAGGAAGUUGACAAUGUCUGUUCCCAAGGAGACCAGCGCUGUAGGACACGGAUGGAACCUCUAUGUGGUUGAUACAGUCCCUCCACUAACUCUUUACCAAGAGAUGGUUGACUAUAGCCAGCAUUAUGCACAGAACAACCAGCGAUCCGAGAGUCUUUGGCACCUUCUCAGUGAAGCUCACCUCCUCCUCCGUGCAGCCUUGAUCCAAUCUUCACAACUGCAGUGCCGCAGCAGGAGUGGCUCUGCAGACAGUUAUCUUGAGAAGCAGGUCACUGUUCAAACUCACAGACCAGAGAUGGAGGAGGCAUUCAGGGAGAACUGUGCUCAACUGGGAGACUGUUUCAGCAGGGGAAGCCAGAGUUACUGUCAUCAGGCAUUGCCAUAUUACAGAAUGUCCGGCCUUUCAGUCAUUGAUGUCAUGGCCAGGAAUCGCCCCGUUCCAAGCAGCCCACACUCCUAUGGCCCAGGCUUUUUGUUUUACCUGAAGCAUUACCUUUUGGAAGAGACUGACCUGCAUCUCAGUCAGGAAGCAGCGGAUGAGGUGAUAGACAUUUUUAGCCAAUCAGAACCCUUGCAGCUCAUCAGUGUGUGCGCAAGCUCCACCAUGACAAAUGUCAAUCCUGCACGCACACUUCGAAUCUUGCAGCAACUGGAGGACAGUGUGGGCGUGUCUGUUGCGCUAACAAUCACCAUGGCAACCAUGCUGCUGCGUUUGGAUGAUUUGCCACUGUACACACAGCUAAUGGAGAGACAUGCUGAGAUGAUGUUGGUAUAUGGCUUCAUUGAGGAGCCAAGGCUGUUACUGCACGGAGGAAUUGGAGACCAGCACAUGAACAUCUGUCCCACAGUAUUAACCCAACAGAUGGCAAAGUCCCAGCCUGGCUUGUUGGUGGCUACAAUGGUGGCUCUGCAUGAGAACAGCAAAGUUCAGCUUGAACAAGUGGACCAUAUGUUUCAGGUGCUGGGCUGUGAAAACAGCUUACAAGUGGAUUUCUGGGAGGCCAUGCUCAUGGCCUCGUCACACGAAGCUGUCAUUCAAGAGCUUCUGUUCAGAUUGUCUUCUGUCUACAUUGACCGACUCGUUCACACAAGUACUGACAAACAACUGCAUGAACCUCCAGCACACAGGUCACUAAAGAGUGCUGAUGAUCUGAUUAAUUCCUGCUCCCAUUAUGGUGCUUUGUAUCCAUGGCUCACAGUUCUCAAUCCACUUCACAGUACCAGCUUCCAACACCUGGAGGCAUUACACAAAAUGCAGUCGCUCCUAUGUGGCCCAUCCUUGUCUGUGGCCGCAGUCGCACCUUUUUUGGAAAGUUUGUCAGACAAACAAUUAUGGGGCUUCAGCUUGCACCUUCUCUGUGCUACCAGAAGAGGGCAUUAUAAUUGCAGCAUUGAAGACCUUCUGGAUCGAUGCCCCCAAGCAAUUAUAGCCUACGCCAAUCACCACUUGCAAGAUCAAUAUAUGGAUUUAUGGUGGCAGAAGCUGCUCCCAGAACUUUGCAAUCGGACAAGAAUUGCAACAGACGACAGCAUUCUGUUGGCUGCUCUCAAAGAGACGCUGAUUGUGGUUGCCAUGGAGACAAGUCCAGCACACUUCCUGGAGCUGAUACCUGAUGACGGCACAGCUUCGUACUUCUUACCUCACUUGUUGACCUGCACCCAGAGACAUUUAUUAGCCUAACACGUUAUAAUGAUACUGUAUACAGGAAAUGUAGUAAUAUACAGGAAAAGCUGUUGCUUAUUAGGCGUACAAGUAUUUUCUGUAGGCGUCUAUAAUGUGAUGAAAGUCAAGUUAAAGUCAAUGAAUAGAUGACAUCACUAAUUUAUUUUUAGCACAGUAAGACGUUCCUCAACCUGUUUUUGCACCACCACUGAUUUCAUGUCAAGACAUACUUUGUCUUAGAAACAAAUAACAAAUGCUUAAAAAUACAAAUCACUAUUAUGUUAAAUAUACAAAAUUUGAUCCCUUGUUGAUUUUUAAUAGUAGGUGUAUUUUCACAGAGAGAAUAUAAAAAAAAUCUUGAAAUUAAUCAAACAAAACAUUCCAAUUAUUUUGCAAUUCAUUGAUGGAAAUAAUUAUUUGCCACUAUAUCAAAAUGUUACUACUCGCUGAAGAACCUGUUGUUGGUCAGUAGACAGGUCAGAAUUUUAGAGGUCCCAUAACUCAGUGGUUAGAGCAUUGGUUUGUUAAACCAUGGGUCGUGAGUUUGUAUCUCGCUGGGGUCUCCUGAGGGGUUGCGUCAGGAAGGGCAUAAAAACUGUGCCGAACAAAUAUGAGCGUUUCAUCUGAGAUGACACGCUGUGGCACCCCCUACUGGGAUAAACCACUAGAAACAGGUCAGACUUUUCUUGUAGUUGGUCCCCAGGUUUGCACACAUUUUGGGAGGAAUUUUGGACUUGGAAUUAGGAUUCCAAACGGUUUAACUUUGGUGUCAUCUGACCACUUCACCAUCAAUAGUGCUUAUCAGGUACAGGGUCACUGGAAAUGGGGACUACACCAUUGUCUCUGGUAAUCUCCAGUUGCAGGGUACAUAUAGAUACGGAGAACAGUUAAGCGCUCCCUUUCACAUCUUCACUUAGUGGGGAAUUGAACCCAUGCUGCCACACCGAAGUCAGGCGAAUGUACCACGACGCAACCACUGACUACACUCCCACUUCUUCUCAUUUUCUUUCUUUACUAGCAAUGCUGUAUUUUGAUCCAUUACGGUGUUUUGUGUUAUCAGUGUUUUUCGUAUUGACUGUGGGCCAGUUGCCUUGAGAUGUUUAACAAGCUCUGCCCAUGUAAUUCUGAGUUGAUCCCUAACCUCGCAACUUCAGUUUGAACAACCUGUUUUCACCGGUAUCCAACGGUUAGAAAUUCCUUUGCUUCAUUCUGUCAACGCUCAUUUUCGUGAUUCCUCCACUUCCGAACCAUGGAUUGGUUGAUCUUGAAUUCUCUUGCAGCUGCUCGAUUCCCAUGUGUCUCCGCGUAACUGAUAGCUCGCAGUUUAAACUGUGCUUUGUAAGUGUCUCUCUUCAUUGGUGCCAUUUUAGGGGCUCCUUAGCCAAAACGAUGUUGUUCUGCACAAAGCAAAUACCGGGGGGGCGUGUGCCUUUAGCAUCCUCUUCCAUGCCUAUCCUUCCCCCUUUAACCUCCCCAUGCUGUCUUCAUUCACAUCAAGCUUUCCUCUAUAAUUAUGAUAUAUAUAUAUAUAUAUAUAAUUCAAAUCCCAACCUCGCCUAUGUAGUGUUUGCAUGUUCUCCCCAUGCUUGUGUGGGUUUUCUCCGGGUACUCUGGCUUCCCCCUCCCCCAAAAAAAUAAAAAAUAAAAAAAGACAUGCAUUAAUUGGACGCUCUAAACUGCCAUUAAGUGUGAUUGUGAGUGCAACGGUUGUCUGUCUCCAUGUGCCCUGUGAUUGGCUGGCAACAAGUUCAGGGUGUACACCACCUCUUGCCCAAUGGCAGCUGGAAUAGGGUCCAGCACUCCUGCCAUCGUGAGGAUAAGCGGCUCAGAUAAUUGAUGGAUGGAAAAAGUAAUAUUUUUCUUUUUAGUAGGAAAACUUAUAAAGCAGAAGAAUAUGGAUAGAAGGACGUUUAUAGAUUUCUCAAAUGUUUUAGUCUCUAUCAGUUUUUGAUCUUUUGUUUCAUUGUGGUAUACAGUAGUGGGGUUUUUUUUACAUACAAAGGUCUGAACUUUGAAAGUGUUUAAACGAGAGAAAUGUUAAAAAAAAUAUAAUGCCUAUCUGAGAAAAGUUAUUAAAGUGUGUGGUUAGGAGUUUAACAGCCUUUAAACAUAAGAAAUGGGGGAAAAAAACCAUACUCUGAAGAAAAAAAAACGAACUGGAAAUAAAACUGAAAAUACUGUAAAUGGAAAAAAAUCAACCUGGAAACAAAAAUUAUUGUCUGUGAAUAAAUAAAAACAUCCUGGAACUGAA